CAAUUGACCACUAAAGGGCAACACCCGAAUAAGCUUUUCAACUUGUUUAAUCAAUUCAUGGGCGACAGCUUUAUCAAAAAGCAGGCUUCACUUCACAUUUUAAAAUGCAGCUCCACCAAUUAUCCGUCAGCCAUUUAAGGGGUCGGAGCGGUAAGUUUGAUCAUGUCGUAAAAUGUAGUGUUAGCAUGUAGCGCACAUAGCUAUGCUGGUGUUUCUAACCUAGCAUUGACUUAGAGAAACUAAUGAUCCACAAGGGAAAUUGUUCCACAAAGUAGCUCAGUUACAAAGAAUGGAAAAACCAAUGCACGUAUAAAAUAGACUCAAAAUGUACCAUGGUAGCAAUAUAAAAUAUAACAUAUAUGUAAUAUUUACAUGAUAUAUGUACACUAUAUGAUAUAUACUGUACAUAUGUUAACAUGUACCCACAUUGUCUAUUGGAACAACUUAGUAAGAAGCAAAAGAAAAACAAUUAACUAUGGAUGACAAGAGGACUGAAAAAUGCUUGCAACAGGAAGAAUACAUUACAUUUAUAACACACAUCUACAGUGGCAGAAAACAAGUACAAGACGUAUAAGAACAAGCUAAGUGGCAUACCACAAACACAUAGGAAAUCCUUUUUACAGUCAAUUAUAAGACCCGAACAAAAACAAUAUGGGCGCGACAGGGGGCAUCCUAAAUAGCAUUAUUACAAACGGUGCUUAGAAGGAUUAUCCAAAAUACAGAAAAAUGACAAUAUGAAUGAAGUAGUUAAAAGCUUCAAUAAGUACUUUGUGAACGUUGGACCAAAUUUGGUAGGUAGGUGGGUAGGUAGGUCUUUAUUGUCUUUGUACAAGUACAACAACAUUUUGUUUUCAGCACAAACCCGUUCAAGAUUAGACAAACAAGGGGAGACCGGAUGCAAUGGACGUCUAGUGGGUCUAGCAUAAUAUUUUUAAAGUCCAGUCCACAGUGGAUUUAACAUAAUAAUGAGAGUUCAGUACAUAGUGGGGCCAGCAGGAGACCAUCCCGAGCGUAGACGGGUCAGCAGCGCAGAGAUGUCCCCAACCGAUGCACAGGCGAGUGGUCUACCCCUGGUCCUGACUCUGGACAGCCAGCACUUCAUCCAUUGCCACCGGGAGAGGGGGACGGAGCAGAAAAGAAAAGAAACGACAGAUCAACUUGUCUAAAAUGGUGGGCAGAAUGUUCCAGCUCCCUGUCAACAACCUGAGUAGUCUGCGUAAAGCUCGUAAAAAUGUCAAGAGGGUCCUGGGAGACAUCGGUCUGGAGUACUGCAAAGACCACCUACAGGACUUCAAGGCCUACACGCCGCCCGAGGUGUACAUCAAGCACACUUGCUGGGAGGACGUGUGCAUGUGGGAGCCGUCGCACACCAAAGUCCAAGACUACCGCUCCAAACCUUUCUGCUGCACCGGCUGCCUCUUCUCGUCCAAAUACUUCUCUGCGUACAAGAGCCACUUCCGCAAUGUCCACAGCCAAGACUUCGAGAACAACAUCCUGCUCAACUGCCCCUACUGCACUUACAACGGCAACAAGAAGACCCUGGAAACGCACAUCAAACUCUUCCAUGUGCCCAGCAGCACCGUGCGCCUGGGGCCCGGCGGCAGCGGCGGCGGCGGCCUCCUGAUGAAGGAUGGCCUCCUGAAGAGGCCGGGGGACAGCGUGGAGCAGGCAGUGUACUACUGCAAGAAGUGCACCUACCGGGACCCUUUGUACAACGUGGUGCGUAAGCACAUCUACAGGGAACAUUUCCAGCAGGUGGCGCAGCCUUACAUCGCAAAACCGGGAGAGAAGGCCCAAAACGGCGGCACCGCCGGUAAACCGGAGGGCAGCAACAGCAACCACGUGAACAGUCAUCAGAUCCACUGCAAGAAGUGUCUGUUUGUCCCCAGAACCUACGAGGCACUCGUCCAGCAUGUCAUCGAGGACCACGAGCGGGUCGGAUACCAAGUGACGGCUAUGAUAGGCCACACCAGCGUGAUCGUCCCCCGCCCCAAACCCAUCCUGCUCAUACCCAAGUCCCAAGGAGACAAGACCAUCAUCGGGAUGGGUCCAAAGGGGGCCGUCAUGGCCACCACCAGGCCUUCAGCUUCCCAGCAGCUGGCCCGGGUCGCCUCGGCGUCAAAGCCCACCUUCAGUCCUCAGAGUCUUCUCUCGGCGAUCAAACACGAGUCGGUGGGCUUUAAGUCCGCGAUCAACCAGACUUUUUCCUUUGGCGUCCUUCAAGGGAAGGGAAGCUUGGCCGGGAACGCCCACGUUUCUCCGCAGUCUCACUCCGCGAGGCAUCCGUUCCCCGGAGCCAGCCUGCGGAGCCCUGUGAUGGUCAACACCGUGUCCUCCCUCAAGUCGGGCUCCCUCGGCCCCCGGGUGCAGGCGGCGGCCACCACGGUGGCCUCAGUCGCGGCCAGGAAAGGCGGCUCCUCGGUCCUGGGCCCCUCCCACACCCAGAAGUGGAAGAUCUGCACCAUCUGCAACGAGCUCUUCCCGGAGAACGUGUACAGCUGCCACUUUGAAAAGGAGCACAAAGCGGAGAAGGUGCCCGCCGUGGCCAACUACAUCAUGAAGAUCCACAACUUCACCAGCAAGUGUCUCUACUGCAACCGCUACCUGCCCAGCGACACCUUGCUCAACCACAUGCUCAUCCACGGCCUGUCCUGCCCGCACUGCCGCGCCACCUUCAACGACGUGGAGAAGAUGGUGGCUCACAUGCGCCUGUCCCAUCCGGACGAGCCGGUGGGGCCCCGCACCGACUCCCCGCUCACCUUCGACCUGACCCUGCAGCAGGGCAACCCAAAGAACGUGCAGCUGAUCGUGACGACCUACAACAUGAAGGACGCCCCGGAGGAGUCGGUGGCCUUUCACGCCCAAAACCACACCGCUGUCUCGUCUUCGCUGGCCGCCUCCCUGCUGUCGGCCAAGAGGCCGUUACCGCAGCACCCUUCCAAAGCUCUCGACACGGUCAAGAACGCCCCGCCCGCGGCCGUACCCUACAAGAGAGACAUAGGAAAGACGCUCUGUCCGCUCUGCUUCUCCAUUCUCAAGGGCCCCAUCUCGGACUCCCUGGCUCACCACCUGAAGGAGCGCCACCAGGUCAUCCAGACUGUGCACCCGGUGGAGAAGAAGCUGACCUACAAGUGUAUCCACUGUCUGGGCGUGUACACCAGCAACAUGACCGCCUCCACCAUCACCUUACAUCUCGUCCACUGUCGAGGCGUAGGGAAGUCUCACAACGGCCAGGAUCGGUCCGCUUCCAGGACCGGCCAGGCCGCCAAACGGACCGGCGUCGACGCCUGCGACACCAGCGCGCCAAAAAGGAGGAGGCGGGGCCCUCCCGGGGAGAGGGCGCACCCCAGAGACAUGAACACACAGUUUGAGGAAAACCCGGACGAACCCGUUUGCCUCGCACUCGACCCGCAGGGUCUGGAGAACGAGUCGUACGAGUCCAGGAAGGCGUUCCUCACCCGCUACUUCAACCGGGCGCCGUAUGCCACCCAGCGGGAGGUGGAGAAGCUGGCGGCUGGACUCUGGCUGUGGAAGUCGGACGUCUCUGGACACUUCGUCAACACGCGCAGGAAAUGUGCGCAGGAGUGCGAGAGCCUGCGCCCCGGCGUCCUGCUGGGGUUCAGCAUGCACGAGGCGGGCCAGGUGAGCCACGAGCUGGCGUUGGAGGGUGGCGCAUUCGAGGCUGGACCUGGCAAAAGUAGGACGUCCAGGGAUCGCUUGGGGCUGUCGGAGCAAGCCCGCCAGAGACGGAAAGAGUCUGCGGCAUCAAAUGGCGGCUCUUCCUUAAAACCCAAGCUCCCCGACCAAACCGAGACAAUCAACUGCACCUCGCCGCCCAAAACGCCCGCCGGACUCCCUGAGCCCAUCGCCGUCGACUCUGACGGCGAAGAGGAGUCGGCCCAAGCGCUCCGUCUCGACGGUAACAUCCAGCAUCCGGAAGCUGAGGAGAGAACGGCGCUCAUGGCGGGAGUUAAGAUGAUUUCUGAAUUGGAGGACUCGUCGGACGACGACGACGAAGACGACGAUGAUGAUGAUGACGACGACGACGAGGAAGGGGAGAACUUGGAGAACGGCUUCGGGCCCACAGGGAGCUCAGUAGGACAGGCGCCCCUGCCCAUCAUUAUUCCCAAAUUCGUGCCCUCGUCCGCCAGGCGGGGCGGCGACGCUCAGCUGGGCAAGCAGCAGGUCUGACCUUUAACCCCCUUUAGACCGCACCAACACAUCUGCCUCACCUGGACUCCGCGAGGACGUUGUCGGCUAGCUUUGAAAGCAGGAGUUCAGAACAAGCCAUCCGAUCACAGUCACGUGAUCAGCGAGUGUGAGGUUUGACCAAUCUAGUGAAAAAAGAAGUAUUUUGUCUUUUUGUCUGUUGGCUAGUAAACUUGAAACGUGGUGAGCAGAUAA